CCGGCGCUUGGCUCUGCGCCCUCGCCCAACACUCCAUCCUCACCAACGGGCGCCCAGCACCUGCGGGAAGGGCGGGGAAUCGCUGCUCCUUCCCGGUUGAGCCUUCUCCGCCUUCUGUUUGUCUCCUUUUCGGGUGUCCGGAGGCUGUCUCCCAUCCGACGACCGCGACCCCAGAGGUCACAUCGCCCUGGAACCAAGACCUACCCCCAGCCCCCCGACGGCAGAAGCGCCCGCGGGUCCGGGACAGGGAAGGUUAGGCAGGAGCCGCCUGGAGAAGCAACUGCCCCUGGGCCUUCUAGGAAGAGCAGUGCGCAAGCGGCACCACUGUGUCUGGGUAUCCCCACGCCCAAGGGCCCCUACGGGGCCACACGUGGGCCGAAGUGAGCGCGCGGACAGCAGUGGCCGGAAGGGGUGUCCACCCGAUCCCAGGCCCCUGAGUACCAGAGGUGGUGUUAUUCCUUGUCAUUUGGAAUCCCAUGCAGCCAGAACCCAGGCCUAGCGGGGCUGGGGCCCGCAGCCAAUUCCUGCCCCUGAAGUCACAGUGCCCCAAGGGGGCAGGGGACACAGUGAUGUACGCCUCCACUGAGUGUAAGGCUGAGGUGACACCCUCCCAGCAUGGCAACCGCACCUUCAGCUACACCCUGGAGGAUCAUACCAAACAGGCCUUUGGUAUCAUGAAUGAAUUGAGGCUCAGCCAACAGCUGUGUGACGUCACCCUCCAGGUCAAGUAUGAGGAUGCACCAGCUGCCCAGUUCAUGGCCCAUAAGGUGGUACUGGCCUCAUCCAGUCCUGUCUUCAAGGCUAUGUUCACCAAUGGGCUGCGGGAGCAGGGCAUGGAGGUGGUGUCCAUUGAGGGCAUCCACCCCAAGGUUAUGGAGCGCCUCAUCGAGUUUGCCUACACAGCCUCCAUCUCUAUGGGUGAGAAGUGUGUGCUCCAUGUCAUGAAUGGGGCUGUCAUGUACCAGAUUGACAGUGUCGUCCGAGCCUGCAGCGACUUCCUGGUGCAGCAACUGGACCCCAGCAACGCAAUUGGCAUCGCCAACUUUGCAGAGCAGAUUGGCUGUACUGAGCUGCACCAGCGAGCUCGAGAGUAUAUCUACAUGCACUUCGGGGAGGUGGCCAAGCAAGAGGAGUUUUUCAACCUAUCCCACUGCCAGCUAGUGACCCUCAUCAGCCGGGAUGACCUGAACGUGCGCUGCGAGUCUGAGGUCUUCCAUGCGUGCAUCAACUGGGUCAAGUAUGACUGCGAACAGCGGCGCUUCUACAUCCAGGCGCUGCUGCGGGCGGUUCGCUGCCACUCGCUGACGCCGCACUUCCUGCAGAUGCAGCUGCAGAAGUGUGAGAUCCUGAAGUCAGACUCUCGCUGCAAGGACUACCUGGUGAAGAUCUUCCAGGAGCUAACCUUGCACAAGCCCACGCAGGUGAUGCCAUGCCGGGCACCCAAGGUGGGCCGGCUCAUCUACACGGCAGGCGGCUACUUCCGCCAGUCCCUCAGCUAUCUGGAAGCCUACAACCCCAGCGAUGGCACUUGGCUCCGGCUGGCGGACCUACAGGUGCCGCGCAGUGGCCUGGCAGGCUGUGUGGUGGGUGGGCUAUUGUAUGCAGUGGGCGGCCGCAACAACUCUCCUGACGGCAACACCGACUCCAGCGCCCUGGACUGCUACAAUCCUAUGACCAACCAGUGGUCCCCCUGCGCCCCCAUGAGCGUACCACGCAACCGCAUUGGGGUUGGCGUCAUUGAUGGGCACAUCUAUGCAGUAGGCGGCUCCCAUGGCUGCAUCCACCACAACAGCGUGGAGAGGUAUGAGCCAGAACGGGACGAGUGGCGCUUGGUGGCCCCAAUGCUGAUGCGAAGGAUUGGGGUGGGAGUGGCUGUCCUCAACCGUCUGCUUUAUGCUGUUGGUGGCUUUGAUGGAACAAACCGCCUUAACUCUGCAGAGUGCUACUACCCAGAGAGGAAUGAGUGGCGGAUGAUCACACCCAUGAACACCAUCCGAAGUGGGGCAGGUGUCUGCGUCCUGCACAACUGUAUCUAUGCCGCGGGGGGCUACGAUGGUCAAGACCAGUUGAACAGUGUGGAACGAUAUGAUGUGGAAACAGAGACAUGGACUUUCGUAGCCCCCAUGAAGCAUCGGCGAAGUGCCCUGGGAAUCACCGUACACCAGGGAAGAAUCUACGUCCUUGGAGGCUAUGAUGGUCACACUUUCCUGGACAGUGUGGAAUGUUAUGACCCAGACACAGACACUUGGAGUGAAGUGACCUGCAUGACAUCUGGCCGGAGUGGGGUGGGUGUAGCUGUCACCAUGGAACCCUGCCGGAAGCAGAUUGACCAGCAGAACUGUACCUGUUGAGCUGAUUUUAUUUUCUUGGGAAGAAGAAAAAAACAAACAAAAAAAAAACAGUCCAAUGGAGA